AUGCCACCAAAGUCCCAAACCCCCUUGACCGAUAAAGAAAAAUGUUAUACCGCGGUAUUUAGUCAAAUUGUCUCGGAGGGCAAAGUUCCCAAGUUGAACUAUGACAAGCUCGCUGAAGAUCUGGGUCUUCCGACACCCGAUGCGGCUCGCAUUCGUUGGGGUCGUAUGGUAACAAUGAUAAAAAAUGGUACAGUUGGAGAGUUAAAGAUCGCUAGUACUGGCAAAGCACAAAAGCGCAACAAGGAAGAGGCUGGCAUCGAAGAUGAAAUUGAGGGCAUGGACGACGUCGCUUCUCCUACUAAGAAGCAGAAGCACCUAGCUCCUCGCAAGAAGGCUGGUGGCGCUGGUAGAAAGGCGGAGAAGGAGAUGAAAGAGGAGAGAUUCAUGAACGGAGGAGAAGGCUCUGGAUUUGAUGUCCCUGAUGACUCUGAUUUGGUUUAA